CCUUGUCACGUGAUAGCAAUCGAUUCCACGUGCUCCUCGCUUUCUCCAUUCUACCAAAAGGAGUAAUUGUCUGCGGAUUGUCUCCAAGGGGCGCUUUUAGGAUCUUGGCCUGGAGACGUUGCUGGCCAGGAACCGUGCAGCUUGUAAGACUCAGCCGCCGGCUGCUUCAGGUCGGACCAAGUUGGGGACUUGAGAUGCCAAAACGAGGAAAGAAGAAGGAAGAGGAUGGAGUCGUGCCAGAGGAGAAGGAAGUGGCAGAACCAGAACCUAAGAAAGCCAAGAAAGGUGGAGCUAAAGCUGCGAAGGAGGCCGACGGUCCCAUCUUGUACCAGGACCCUCCGGAUAAACUGACCUCUUCCAGUGGCAAGAAAUACACCUUGAAGGUCACAUCCUGGAAUGUUGAUGGGAUCAGAGCCUGGGUCAAGAAGAAGGGAGUGGAGUGGGUUUGCGAGGAGGACCCAGACAUCCUUUGCCUACAGGAGACCAAGUGUGCAGAGAAGCAGCUGCCGGCCGAUAUCCGGGAUCUGGCCGAAUAUCCCCACAAGUACUGGGCCUGCUCCGAUGACAAGGAAGGCUACAGUGGCGUGGCUUUACUCUCCAAAGUCAAGCCUCUUGAGGUCAAGUAUGGAAUUGGUGAGGAGGAACAUGACAAGGAAGGCCGAGUGAUCACGGCCGAGUUCCCCUCCUAUUUCUUGGUGACGUCCUAUGUGCCGAACGCCGGCCGGGGCCUGGUGCGCCUGGAAUACCGCCAGAGCUGGGACGUGGCUUUCCGCUCCUACCUGAAAGGCCUGGCUGCUCGCAAGCCCCUCAUCUUGUGCGGAGAUCUCAAUGUGGCCCAUGAAGAAAUCGACCUGAAGAACCCCAAGGGCAACAAGAAGAAUGCCGGCUUCACUCCCGAGGAGCGGUCCGGCUUCACCAAGCUGCUGGAGGAAGGCUUCGUCGACACAUUCCGGCACCUGUACCCCGACACGGCCUACGCCUACACCUUCUGGACCUACAUGAUGAACGCCCGGUCCAAGAACGUGGGCUGGCGUCUCGACUACUUCGUUGUCUCCAAAGACCUGCAGGAGGGUAUCUGCGACAGCAAGAUCCGUUCCACUGCCCUGGGGAGCGACCACUGUCCCAUCACCUUGUAUAUAGCUGUGUGAAGCGGGAUGGACUGUGGUUAUUACACUGCCAGCGUAACAUUAGAGCUUGAAAGUGAUGGAGACAACCGUAGGAAACUUGAGGUGUGUAAGAUAGUGUGCGAGAAUGUGAUUUGUUGUAUCCACACCUGUAUGGUAGAAUUUCUGAUCUUUUUCUCCCUAGUUGACAAAACCUAGAGAUGAUUCCAGUAAAGUUAACAUACUCCUGAGAUGGAAGUUGACCCUUCCCUUGAAACUUUUCAAGGCCUGUUCUAAGCAAUCAGAAUGAUGUACAGAAUAAGGUUUCUUGCUAAGGUUUUUUUGCCCACUUUCCCCUUUCCUCAAUUAUAGCAAGCACUGGUACAGAAAUCACGGUGAGAAUGGAGCAAAGGAGAAUAGCCAUAUUGUUUCUACAUCCAGUUGUUUAGGUAGUGGCUCAUCGUUUGGUAAUUGCUUGCUGAUAAUUUCCCAAAAGGGCUUAAGUGACUAGCAGGAAAAAGUUGAUGCUCUGUCUUUUCAGCCUAGUACUGUGAACUCUCUUGGUUUCCGUCCUCUUCCAUGCCCCAUUCUUCCUCAAGUAACUAUUUUCUCUUUAAUACUUUCCUUUCCUGAAGGUUGUAAUGCUUCAAGGUAACAGCAUAACCUCUCAGAAAAAGCAUUAAACUUUCAUUUCGUAUGGUAUCAAUGAAA